AUGCCCGUAGAUGAUCUCAUUGCAGGACUUUCUGCAGGGUUCUGUACCACCAUAGUUACUCAUCCAUUAGAUGUUAUUAAAAUUCGACUACAAUUAUCUGAAAAUUCAUCACUUGUAUCAACAAUACGUUCCCUUCAUGGAUCUUAUUAUCGUGGAAUAAUGCCAAAUCUUAUUGGUAAUAUAUCUGCUUGGGGAUUAUAUUUCUCUCUUUAUGGAGAAUUUAAAAAAAUUAUUGAUGUUCAUAAUCCAUCAAUUAAUUAUUUUAGUGCUUCUGUAAUGGCUGGAUUAUCUACAUCGAUAAUUACUAAUCCUAUAUGGGUACUUAAAACAAGAAUCCUUGGUUCAAAUGAAUAUAAAUCUAUGAUUGAUGGAAUUAAACAAAUGUUGAAUAAAGAAGGUAUACUGAGUUUUUGGAAAGGUACUAUACCUAGUUUAUUUCAAGUUUUUCAAGCAAGUUUACAAAUCACAAUUUAUGAUAAUAUUAAACAACAUUUUAAUAUUCAUGAUGAUUUAACAACACUUUAUGCAUCUGCUACAUCUAAGAUAAUAAGUACUUUGAUAAUGUAUCCUACUCAAGUCGUACGUGCUAGACUACAAAAUUCACAUAAAAAAUCGACAAUAUCAAAAGUUGUUCGUGAAUUGUACUCAGACAGACGACUAACUUCAUUUUAUCGUGGUUUAAGUGCAAACAUAAUACGAGUUGUUCCCGCUACGUGUAUUACAUUUGUAGUCUAUGAAAAAGUAAAACGUGCAUUGAGUUAA